CACCGCCCGCCCCGCCGGGGCGGCCCCCGCCGCUAAAACUCACCGGUCGCACCCGGGACGGGACCGGAGCCGCCGCCGCUCGCACCGGACCGGAGCCCGCCGCCAUGGCUGAGGAGCUCAGUGACCUGCUGCGGGAGUUCGAUGAGGUGAUGGAGGACUUCGACAGAGGCCCCGCGUCUCAAUACGAGCAGCACCUGGAGGAGCUGAAGAGGAAAGCGGGACACAGCGUGUACGACAGCGGCAUCGAUGAGCUGGAGAGUACCAGCACAUCCCCAGGAAGCAGCCUCAACUCCAGCGAGGAGGACCUCAACACCCCUGCUGAUGGCUACCCCUCCAAAGCUAAGCUGGGAGACAUGCAGGAGCUGGAGGAGUUCAUUGCGGAUCUGGAUAAAGCAUUGGAGGGCUUGAUGUUCCUCAAUGAAGUUGCUCCCACCUGGAGGGGUUUCCUCAGCUUCUGUGGGGGGAAAAAGAAUCACGAGCUGCCCUCCUACGGUCCCACCAGCAGCAACAUUGGGCAGCCCCUGACCGAUUUCCAUCCCAGCCAAACCCCUUUGGGUGACAUUGCCGAGCUGGAGGGAGAGCAGAGGGACACGGCUGACCCGGGCCGGGGCUCCCUGCUGGCUUAG